AGGUUGGGUAGACUGGAGAAUGCCCUGGGCUGGUACCACAGUCACCCUGGCUACGGCUGCUGGCUGUCGGGGAUCGAUGUGGGGACCCAGAUGCUGAACCAGCAGUACCAGGAGCCGUGGGUGGCCAUCGUGGUGGACCCCAUCAGAACCAUGUCUGCCGGGAAAGUCAACCUGGGAGCUUUCAGAACAUACCCCAAGGGUUACAAGCCACCGGACGAGGCCCCUGGAGAGUACCAGACCAUCCCACUGGAGAAGAUUGAGGAUUUUGGAGUCCACUGCAAACAGUACUACCCACUGGAAGUGAGCUACUUCAAGUCCUCCCUGGACUCUCAUCUCCUGGACCUCCUCUGGAACAAGUAUUGGGUCAACACCCUCUCCUCCUGCUCCAUCACCACUAAUGCAGACUACACCACUCAACAGAUAUCUGACCUGUCACAGAAGUUGGAGCGUGCAGAGUUUCAAGGUGGUACAGGUGGGUUCGGUAAAGGAGGCAGCUUUGCUCGAGAAGAGAACAAACUUGGAAAGGUGUCACAAGACUGCUCCAAGGCUACUAUUGAGGUAGUACAUGGACUAAUGGAACAAGUGGUGAAGGACAGACUUUUCAACUUUCCAACUAGAAAGUAGCAACUAGAAAGUAGAAACAAAUCACAUUUUAACAUCAGAAAUUGUUGCCCGGG